AUGCGCGGUGUGCGGUGGUCGGGACAACACAUCUGUGCUCGUUGCUUGCGGGCUCGAGCGCAGUUUGCAAAGCCAAGAGGAUACAGCAAAGUCCAUACCGCAUCAAAUGCGGCAUCGCCACCCGCCACGAGUGAGCAUGGCGCUGGGAAGCAGCAUAAUGAGGGCGCGCUGUCUCGGCGACUAGAACAGUUGAGUGAGGAGUCUUUGGAGAGUGGUGGCAAAAGUGCUCAGAAAGCAGUGGAAGACGCAGGCUUCAGUGAUGAUCUGAGAAGAAGACUGCAAGAGAAGAUUGCAGAUGCCAGUUUCCGAAGCGACAAUGCAAGUGCACUGGCUGAGGCGACUCUGCCUAGUAGUGCAGGACGAGGCACCAGGGACGUUGCUGCCGCGCGCCCAUGGACCGGCACCGAGAAUGUUGAGGACACUGCUUUACGUAUGCUCACGGAUUCGCACAAGCCUCUGCGAUCGCCAUCAAGAGUAUCUGGCUUACCCUUGCCUGCCAAAGUAGACACCGGUAGGUCCAGCAAAACUGGUGGCAGAGGCGUGCGUUUGGCGAGCGCCAGGGACAGAUCGUCGCACUAUUCCUUCCUUAAGGACCCCAAUCUGUCCGCAGAGGAGCGAGAUAAGUUACGCGCUGAAAUGAAGGCUCGCUUUCAACCCGGUGCACGUAGCGUGCCUGCCUCCAUCAAGGGCCUAGCAUCACUCGCCAACGAACGAAUAGAGGACGCAAUCGCGCGCGGGCAGUUCAAGAACAUCCCGCGAGGGCAGAAGAUCGAGCGAGAUUACAAUGCGAGCAGUCCGUUUAUUGAUACUACAGAGUACUUCAUGAAUAAGAUGAUUCAGAAACAGGAGAUUGUUCCGCCCUGGAUUGAAAAGCAACAAGAGCUUGUGGCCACCGCCUCGAGAUUCCGUCGACGCUUGCGAACUGAUUGGAGACGACACGUCUCGAGAUCUAUCGCGAGUCGGGGAGGUCCGCUAGAACAGCAAUUGAACCUAGCGAAGGAGUACGCAUACGCUGAGAUCUACGCGAACCCGCCAAAGCAGCAGAUUGAGCGCCUGAACGCGGUAGACGACGGGGGGCACCUUUCACAGAUCACGCUUGCGGGAGAAUUGCGUUCACAGCCGACCAACGGCGAUGCAACAGACCUCGAGUUCAAAAUGCUGGAACAGAAGUUCGAUGACGACGGCAAUCUGCGAUCGCCGGAACAGCAGGUGGUGGUCACCGCUGCUCUUCCCGAAUCUGUGGUUCACGUAGACACACAGCGCCGACCGGCCGUCCCACCUUUUCGUGACCCUCAAUGGGAGGAGACCGAGCGGUCUUAUCUGAAGACAGCUGUCGACAACCUCAACAGUCUUACCCGCUCAUACAACCUAAUGGCUCCCGAUCUCGCAAAGAAGCCAUAUUUCUCACUUGAUCGCGAGCUGAAAGCGGCAUAUGCCGAUGUUGCACCGACAGUGGCCGACGCCAUUCGCGAGCGUGCGUUGGCGCCGAAGAUCCGUGGCGUGGAGGUCAUCGGACAUACACCUGGUGGUGUACUUGAGAAGUUCGCAAUGGAUCGUGCAGCUCAUGUGCAUGAUGAUCGCAAGCCGCAGUAUGGGUUCCGCGAGUUCUGGCGCGACCUAUUCGCA